AUGAGGUGGCUGUUAGGAAGCAGCUGGAGACAGUUUGGACCUGCUGGCAGGGGGGCCUAUGAAUGGUUAACUAGUGAACCAAGUCUUCCACUUCUGGACACCCAGCUGCAGAGCACAAAUAAGAUAAGCUCUACCAAAGAAGACAUUGAGCCAUUCCUGUGCAUCAUUCUUCCAGCUACCAUCCUGCUUUUCUUGGCAUUUCUGCUACUUUUCCUGUAUCAUCGUUGUAAGCACCCAAGGCCCCAGGGGCAGAUCUUCAGCAUUGACCUUCCAGAGCACCUACCAGAGAGAGAAGUGACUGAUUUCCUUUCGGUCUUACCUUGGAGCACCGAGCAGAACUUCCAUUACUCAACCUUGCACCCUGAUGCUACCUUGCUCACAGUGUGCCUACCACCCUCUUAUGAGGAGGCCACUAUGAAAACCCCUGAGGAAGAGGUCCAAAAUAGGAAUAGCCAGGGUCUGGUACCUCUUUAUAAAGAAGAGAGCACACGUAGGUUGGAUGAUAAUUAA